GAGGAUUUAUAACUAUUUAAAUCAGUCUGUCCUGACUCAGAUCAACAGUCUCCAGUCUACCAACUGGUCUCUGUAAUAACUAUUUAAAUCAGUCUGUCCUGACUCAGCUCAUCAGUCUCCAGUCUACCAACUGGUCUCUGUAACUUCAUCUUUGUCUCUGUGGUGUACAGUCUUCAGGUGAUGAUGGGGGUAUUGAAUCAUCUCUCUACUCUCCUCCUCCUCUCUCUCCUUCCUCCUGCUCUCUCUCAUGUAGUGCUUAAGUUCAGUGAUGUUUCAGACUGUGAGACGUUCUUCCUGGAUGGGACAACUCCAAAUCUCCCAGGUAUUUUUGUUGGUGGGAUGGUCCACAACCAGGGCCAGAACCAGAACCGCUACAAGCUGAUUUGCCAGAAGUACAACAACAUUUACAGGUUUGCAACUCUCUACGACACGACCAACAGGAUCCCUGUGUUCUCAGCCUACACCUUCUCUGGUAAGGUAGUUGGUAGACCAAAACAGUCCUGGAUGAUCGAGCCCCAGCUUGAAAAUAUAAAUGACCAACGUGACAUGAAGGUGGAUAAUAAAGCUGUCACAAACCAGGCUGUGGACACAGACUACAAAAAGAACAACCUGGAUCUGGACAGAGGUCACCUGUUCCCAUGUUCGUACGCACCUGAUGAUGAUGCCAAGAGGUCCACUUUCACCCUGACAAACGCCGUUCCCCAGAAACGUUCCUUCAACCAACGCAGCUGGGCGAAAAUGGAGUGCAAAGUUAGAAAGGCUCUUGAGGUUCACUGUAAGGAUAACAACAACAAGAUAAAAGCCUAUGUGGUGACUGGAGCCGUGCCCAGCAGCAACAAACUGAACGACAGAGUGAACAUCCCAGAUCUCAUGUGGACAGCCUUCUGCUGUUUCGACAACAAGCUGAAAGAUUGGGUGACCCAAGCACACUGGGGUGAGAACCAAAAUGAGGACAAGGGGAAAACAUUGACACCGGUAACCUUGGGAGCACUCGAAGACAAGUUGAACCAAAUCUACAGUGUCGGAGUCAAGGUGUUUGACAAUAAAUGUCUAAGAGACGUUGUAUUAAAGGACGAGACAGGGAGGAACUUAGAGGCUGUAGAAGAGGUUGAGCCGGGGAAAAAGAGGGUCAGGGAAGGGAGUGGAGAGGGGAACAUAAAGAUGGCGAGAGCAUCAGGGGAGUUAAAGGAUUGUGAUGACGAGGAUGGAUGUGAUUGUGACUGUGAUUAAAAGUGAUGAGUUUUGUCCAGUGGUAAUUCCCACAACUAUUCAGUACACAUUCCCAAAGGUACAAGGGUUAUAAGGGUUUAAUGGUUAUAAGGGUUAAGUAAUAAGGGUUAUAAGGGUUAAGUUAUAAUGGCUAUAAGGGUUUAAUGGCUAUAAGGGUUUAAUGGCUAUUAGGGUUUAAUGGCUAUAAGGGUUUAAUGGUUAUAAGGGUUUAAUGGCUAUAAGGGUUUUAAUGGUUAUAAGGGUUUAAUGGCUAUAAGGGUUUAAUGGCUAUAAGGGUUAUAAGGGUUUAAUGGUAAUAAGGGUUUAAUGGCUAUAAGGGUUUAAUGGCUAUAAGGGUUUAAUGGCUAUAAGGGUUUAAUGGCUAUAAGGGUUUAAUGGCAAUAAGGUAUUAAUGGCUAUAAGGGUUUAAUGGCUAUAAGGGUUUUAAUGGUUAUAAGGGUUUAAUGGCUAUAAGGGUUAUAAGGGUUUAAUGGCUAUAAGGGUUUAAUGGCUAUAAGGGUUAUAAGGGUUAAGUUAUAAUGGUUAUAAAGGUUUAAUGGCUAUAA